GUGAGUUUGUUCAGACUCCAUUUUGACUCCGUUUAGAGACCACAGAGAAAAAGAAAAAGAGAAGGCUGAAGCAGGCAGACUGAAGUGCAGAAGAUGAGUGUAUGUGUGGAAGAAGAGGAGGGCAGGGCAGAGCCUCCAGCCUCCAGCUGUCUGUCUAUGAGGAGUGACUGGUCUAAAGACAAGCCUCCAGAGUUCAGUGCUGAACCUGGACCUUCAGACACAAAAGAGAGGAAGAGGAGCAGUGAGGCUGUGGAGGAGCAGCUGUCCUGCUGUGCUUUGUGUCAGGAGGUCCUGAGGGAUCCAGUCUCCACCAGCUGUGGACACUGGUUCUGCAGACGGUGCAUCACCUCAUACUGGGACCAGUCUGGUUCAUCAGGAGACUCUGCCUGUCCCCAGUGUGGAAAAAGAUCCAGAACAAGACCUGGACUGCAGACACCCAGUCAAACCAGCCCAGUGGACGGCGAUCUGCAGGAGGUUUUAGACGAGCAUAAGAUCAGUCUGAGGAGGAGAUGUGAAUUUGUGACAGAAGGAACUGCUGCAGCAGGAAGUGGAACCCCCCUCAACAGGAUCUACACUGAGCUCUACAUCACACAGGGACGGAGGGAAGAGGUUAAUACCCAACAUGAGGUGUGGCAGCUGGAGACAACAUCCAAGAUGGAGACCCUCAGUGACACUCCAAUCAAAUGCCAGGACAUCUUUAAACCCUUACCUGGCCAAGACACACACAUCAGAGUAGUUGUGACGCAGGGCGUUGCUGGCAUUGGAAAAACCUUCUCAGUGCAGAAGUUCACUCUGGACUGGGCAGAGGGCUUGGAAAACCAACAUGUCAGUCUUGUGGUUCUGCUUUCGUUCCGGGAGCUGAACUUGAUCAAAGAUGAGCGCUACAGUCUUCUCCAGCUGCUCCAUGUUUUCCAUCCAACAUUACAGAUGGUCACAGCAGAGAAGCUCGCCGUCUGUAAAAUGGUGUUCAUCUUUGACGGGCUGGAUGAAAGCAGGUUUUCAUUGGAUUUCCAGAACAAUGGGGUCGUGUCUGAUGUCAAACAGACAUCAUCAGUAGACGUGCUGUUGACAAACCUUAUCAAGGGGAAUCUGCUUCCCUCGGCUCUUCUCUGGAUAACUUCCAGACCUGCGGCGGCCAAUCAGAUCCCUCCUACAUGUGUGGACAGGGUAACAGAAGUGCGAGGGUUCACUGACCUCCAGAAGGAGGAGUACUUCAGGAGGAGAUCCAGUGAUGAGGAGCUGUGCAGCAGAAUCAUCUCACACAUCAAGGCGUCCAGGAGCCUCCACAUCAUGUGCCACAUCCCAGUCUUCUGCUGGAUCACUGCUACAGUUCUGGAGCACAUGUUGACUACAGACCAGAGAGGAGAGCUGCCCAAGAGCCUGACUGAGAUGUACUCACACUUCCUGCUGGUUCAGACACAGAGGAAGAAGCACAAGUACGAUGAGAAACAUGACAGAAGUCAGCAGGAGCUGAUGGAGACUGACAGGGAAGUUCUUCUGAAGCUGGGCAGGCUGGCGUUUGAACAUCUGGAGAAAGGCAACCUGAUGUUCUACCAAGAAGACCUGGAGGAGUGUGGUCUUGAUGUCAGAGAGGCCUCAGUAUACUCAGGAGUGUGCACAGAGAUCUUCAAAACCGAGUGUGUGCUCUUCCAGAGAAAAGUCUACUGCUUUGUUCAUCUGAGCAUUCAGGAGUUUCUCGCUGCAGUCUACAUCUUCCACUGCCACAUCAACAGGGACAUGGAGACACUGGAGACUUUUCUGGGAAAACAUGACAAUGGACAAUCCCUGGAUGUAUUCCUGGAGAGUGUCAUCAUUGAAGCCCUGUACAGUAAAAAUGGCCACCUGGACCUCUUUGUCCGCUUCCUUCAUGGCCUCUCACUGGAGUCCAACCAGAGGCUCUUUGGAGGCCUGCUGGGUCAGACAGAGAGCAGACCAGAAGACAUCCAGAGAGCCAUCAACAACCUGAAGAAGAUGAACACUUUCAGUGUCUCUCCUGACAGAAGCAUCAACAUCUUCCACUGUUUGAUGGAGAUGAACGACCUCUCAGUGCAUCAGGACAUCCAAGAGUUCCUGAAGUCAGAGAACAGAUCAGGGAAGGAACUCUCUGGUAUUUACUGCUCAGCUCUGGCCUACAUGCUGCAGAUGUCAGAGGAGGUUCUGGAUGUGUUGGACCUGAAGGUGUUCAACACAUCAGAGGAGGGACGACAGAGAGUGAUCCCAGCUGUGAGGAACUGCAGGAAGGCUUGGCUGUCUGGCCUUGAAUUCUCAAAUACUCACUAUGAAGUCCUGGCCUCGGCUCUGAAAUCCAACCCCCAUCUGACAGAGCUGGACCUGAGUGACAACAAGCUGCAGGAUUCAGGAGUGCAGCUGCUGUCUGCUGGACUGGAGAGUCCAAACUGCAGACUGAAGACUCUGAGACUGAGUCGCUGCUGCUUGUCAGAGAGCAGCUGUGCUUCUCUGGCCUCGGCUCUGAAGUCCAACCCCCAUCUGACAGAGCUGGACCUGAGUGAGAACCAGCUGCAGGAUUCAGGAGUGAAGCUGCUGUCUGCUGGACUGGAGAGUCCAACCUGCAGACUGGAGACUCUGAGACUGAGUGGCUGCAGGUUGUCAGAGAGCAGCUGUGGUUCUCUGGUCUCGGCUCUGAAGUCCAACCUUCAUCUGACAGAGCUGGACCUGAGUGACAACAAGCUGCAGGAUUCAGGAGUGAAGCUGCUGUCUGCUGGACUGGAGAGUCCAAACUGCAGACUGAAGACUCUGAGGCUGACAGACUGUCAGGUCACAGAUGAAGGCUGUGCUUCUCUGGCCUCGGCUCUGAAGUCCAACCCCCAUCUGACAGAGCUGGACCUGAGCUACAACGAGCUGCUGGAUUCAGGAGUGAAGCUGCUGUCUGAUCUGGUGGAGAGUCCAAACUGCAGCCUGAAGACUUUGAGACUGAGUCACUGCAGCCUGUCAGAGAGCAGCUGUGCUUCUCUGGCCUCGGCUCUGAAGUCCAACCCCCAUCUGACAGAGCUGGACCUGAGCGAGAACGAGCUGCAGGAUUCAGACGUGAAGCUGCUGUCUGCUGGACUGGAGAGUCCAAACUGCAGACUGAAGAUUCUGAGACUGAGUGACUGCAGCUUGUCAGGGAGCAGCUGUGCUUCUCUGGCCUCGGCUCUGAAGUCCAACCCCCAUCUGACAGAACUGCACCUGAGUGAGAACAUUGACCUGCAGGAUUCAGGAGUGAAGCUGCUGUCUGCUGGACUGGAGAGUCCAAACUGCAGACUGAAGACUCUGAGGCUGGAGGAUGGAAAAGACUGGAUUAAAGCUGACAGCCUGAGGAUAUAUGCCCGUCAUCUCACACUGGAUCCAAACACAGCGAACGGAGAACUCCGUCUGUCUGAAGACAACAGAGAGGUGGAGGUGAAGAUGAAGUUUGAGGAGCAGUCGUAUCCUGAUCACCCAGACAGAUUUGACACGAAGCCUCAGGUUCUGUGUAGAGAGGGUCUGACUGGGCGAUGUUACUGGGAGGUCCAGUGGAGUGGAGAGGUUGAUAUAGCAGUGACUUACAGAGGAAUCACAAGAAGUGGUGAUGACUCUCGGCUUGGAAACAAUAAACAGUCGUGGAGUCUGUGGUGCUCUGGUGACAGCUACAGUGCCAGACACAACAGGAGGUCCACUGGCAUCUCUGUCCAUCCCAGUGGAUCUGACAGAGUAGCAGUGUAUCUGGACUGCUCUGCUGGAACUCUGUCCUUCUACAGAGUCUCUUCUGACAGACUGAGACUCCUCCACACCUUCAGCUCCACCUUCACUGAGCCUCUCUACCCUGGGUUUGGGUGUGGGUUUAGAAUCUGGCCUCCUCCUUCUCGUGUGGUUCUGUUGCCAGUUUCUGAGAGAUAAAAAUUUCUGGCAAAGCCACCAACAAGUGUUUGGGGAAAAUGUUGCAUAAUGUGAUGGAUAUGAGCAGCUUUGGAUUAAUAUCAUUGUGCUAGACAGAUAUUAUGCAAGGCCAAAUUAGUGGACCAUACCUGCACACACACACACACACACACACACACACACACACACACCCAUACAUGUGUGAUAGAUUGAAGUUUAUCAGGAAGCUGAUUGUUAAUGCUGAAAACAUAAGUUCAUUAAGUAUUUAAGAAGUCAUUUAAAAGGUGAUUAAAAACAGACACAGAUGAAGAGGAAAUUCAUUUGU